CGAAAUUAUGUCAACAAGUGGCGAGUAUCCGCCUGUUAGAUAAUGUUUCAAUUAAUACUGCCCUAGUUCCUUUGAUUUAAAAGCGGCCAAGUUUUCUGAUUCAACAAUCCUAUUAUGCUGCACUUGCUAUGAACUUUACAAGAGAAGGAAGUGUUGCUACUUUUGCGCUCAAGUUUAUAAGGAUGACGAAUAGAACUUCCUGGAUGGUAAAAAGUGGGUUCAAUGUGAUAAUCAACGUUGUGGGAAAUGGGUAUAAUAAUUAUCAUGAUUUUAUUAGACUCACAUUGAUUGCGAAGUAUCAGACAUCGAAUCCCAAUUGUAACAUAAAAGUUUCAAAUACAAAUGUCCGUGGUGUAGGAUAGAGAUAGAUAAAAAGAAAAAGUAAUCACAAAUUACAAAAUCAUCAAUUAAUUAAGAUUAAGCAGAUUAGUCUGAUUAAGAUCCAGAAUAUAUACAUUCUUUAAUUAAAAAAAUCUCUUUAGAAGAAGCCAGCAUUUAAUAAAUCUAUGAGCCUUGGUUGAAAAAAAAUACAUUCUUAGAAGAAUUGCUAAAAAAAAAUGGUUUCUGAUUGUAUAAUAAUUAGGAGAGUUUACUUAGUGCAUAAAUUAAGAGGAACUGCAAAGCGACUUGAUUAAAAUGAGGACUUUACUAAAAAAAUGA